AUAAGAUCAAACUGACUAUCAUAUUUCAGUUAAAUACCGUUAACUUCCUUGUGAAUUUCCUCUAAGAAACGAAAGUGGAGAAGUCAUGGACUGGAUAAAGUAUCCCCUUAUUGGGGUUAUUUUAUCUUUUAUUGUGGGGGUUUAUUAUCGCCAAGAAACACAGAUAAAACAGUACAAAUUGCUCCUCGACAAAGCAUUAGAAAAAACCGCUUCCUUAGACCGACAGUUAAAUGAACUAAGUGGUACUGUGUUGACAAGCACGGAGAACAUUGCCGCAAUCAAGAAAAAGAUGGAAAAGACAAACAUUGCAGUGGAUGAAAUCCAAUCCAAGAAGACAAAAUCAUUGUCUUUGUCUGAGUCUAACAUAACUAGCUUGAGGAGUGACGUCAGAGAUAUGGAGGACUCGGUAACUACAAUUCAGGAGACCAUGGAGUCUCUACAGGAGCAGGUCAUCGACUUGGAAUCUCUGGUGUCCUCCGUGGACGCCAAGUGUGACGUCACAAGACGAGAACUGGAAGCUGUGAUACCGACUAUGACUGGAAAGAUCAACCUGUUGAUGCACAAAGCUCGAAACUGGCUCGGGGAUUUUAACGGUUCCAUGUCAUUUAACAGUUUCUCGUUACACAGUGAUUUGUACAUAUCAAAGGACGAGAAAGUUCUUAGCAAUUACUACUUUCCGUCAGCGAAGCCUGGUCCAGGAAUUUUCCCUCUCAUCAUCUACAAAGGAAUUAUGGGAAACGUCAAAAUAUCUUUAUUUGAUAAUUUAAAGUUCAAAUUCAUGGUAUGGUUUCACAUAAAGAAAACACUGGAAGAACAAAUCUUAAUUUUUGACUUUUCUCUCUGUUCAAAACGAGAUUUUGAUAAGAUGAUUUAUGGUGACAACUGUUAUGGGAUGCAGGGACAGAAGUACAAUGACAUGAUAGUAUUGUCGUUUGUUUCGAAGUCUCUCCUUCACGAAUUAAAGAACGAGUAUUACCCGGUGUCAACAGCAUCAGCUGGGACUAUAUACUCCCUGGCGUUCGAAAUACACAUUAAGGCCUUGCGUGGUAUUGUUACUUUUAGUGAGUACUUCAGUGGACGACUGAUCUACUCUAUGGAUUUUGUGGACUUUUCCGCAGGUCUCUAUCCCAUGUUUGGAGUGUACAACAAAGAUCGAGUACAUGUACAAUUAAUUAUGUUAUAAUUUUUAAUGAUA